CGAAAGCAAAUUUUUAUGGUUAACCACCGGAAACAUCGAUCGUCUCAUUUUUUAUUUCCAUUCCAGCAGGAAGCUUUCAAUAUUCUAAUUUGUUUUUCUCAUUGUCCACCUUCCAUUUUUCUUUUUUUUGUUGCAGAAUCAUGGAUCGAACUAUCAUCUAGCACAAACACAUGUCCCAAGAGCCCCGAUCGGACGACUCCGUUACCGUUUACCUCGGUGGAAGAGUAUCUGAGACUGCUACGCGAGGCUCAGCGAGAGUCGAAAGAAUCAAGCCGAGUUGCGUCAUUGACUAGUUCGCGGAGGGAUUCACCUCGUGGAAGCCCGAAAUCGCCACCCAACAGCCCUAAUACCGAGCUUGCCACCACCGAAGAAGAGCUUAGAGGUGUCUACAUCAACUAUCUCAAUAGGGUCGACGUCAUACCAAAUGGAGACCUGAUACGCCGUGCAUUCACUUCAUAUUUGCUUCUGAAGUUGGAAGCCUGCGCGAAGCAGAUUGAGGAGCAUGAAGCGCGAAUGAAGAAAACCAUAAAGGAAGGAGCUGCUACCGCUCAAAAGGAUAAUGACUGGGUAUGGGAAUGGAGCAGUCGGCCGGACCAGCUGCCUCCAAAAGACUGGAAGUUUGAACAUCCCAAACAAGGUGUUCGACGUGGGCAACAAGGAUAUUCCAUGCGGCUGACUCGAGUAGGCAAAAAUUCACUCUUCUCUAGAGAAGUUUUGUAUUCACUUGUACUGACCAAUGUAUUAUCGUUGCUGCUGGGUGCCGGAAUUGGCGCCUGGUUACAUAAACGAGGACUGCUUUUCACACGUAUUUCGAUUGAAUAAUCUGCUGAAGGACUAUCUUAAGAACAUCACUAGAUGGCUUCCGGUAGCAGCGAAAUGAUCAUGAUCCAUGCUUUAUUGUCCAGAAUCCGUUGCUCGACCUGUGGCCAUCUCCCGAUAGAAUUAGUCAUAGUGUCAAAAGAAACGAAAAUCAGUUCAAGCACAGAGAAAUAGCAAUUUUCUUCACAAACACUAGACGUUUCCUGAAGCAAACACAUUCUAAUGGAAACUGAAACCUUCCAGUUCAUUUGAGAUAAAUUCUUGUUGGCAAAUUUGCUGGAAACUCAGGAAAGCGAUUG